CCAGCACUUUGGCCCGAUAAUGAGCCGAAACACGAACAUUUGGUCCCAAGACCGCAGUGAAAACAUUGUCAUUGAGAACUCGCCUUCGCUCAACACACAGAGCCAUGGUGCAGACGAGCCAGCAAAAGGUUAGAGAGAUGAGGAGAUUCAAACUCCAGCCGUCAGAGCCAUGAGAUUUACAGCGUUUGCAUGGUUUUUGCUUGGGAUUUUUGGUGGUCUUCUCGGCCCUCGGGACCUCUUCAGAGACAGGUUUGGAUUGUGCAAUCUGCAGGAGACAAAGCGUCAUUUCGCAGAAAACGGAACGAAUUCCAAGCUGCCAAGUUGUAUCAUCCAAAUCGGCCCAACUCACUCUGCGGCCACGUUGCAAUUUCAACAACUUUGCGUGGCAAUGUACUUGGCCCGGCCGGACAGCAUUGUGCGUUGCGAGAUCGAGAAGGCUCCAAGCGUGAUCAAAUCCAAUGAAUUUUGGGUCAUGAAAACGCAUGAUCCCAAGUGGGCGCGCCAAGUGGUCGAGCAGUGCGUUGAAACAUGGGUUUUCAUGACCGCCGAAGACUCAAAUCCUCUGGACAGGACGGAACUGGCGAUUGGGUCGGCGACGGUGAAAAGCGUGUGCGAUGUGAGGACUUGUCUUGAAACUGAUGGUGCUGGGUCCAUGUCGGCACGCUAUGGUCACAUGCUGCACCUUUCUGCAAGUGAAUUGCGCGAACUGCAGAUAUAUAUGCGAUAUUGGGAGCUUCUCCAGAAGUGCUGCGGUUCUGAGAUGUCGCCAGACUGGCGAGGUUUUUUGAAGUUUGGCUACUCCUACGCGCCUGCAAGACGCUCUGAAACUCAUCCUUUGGCUCAUGAAUGCUCGAUCUACGACCUCGGACGGGCGGAGCGCUUGCUGAUGGAGACCAGUGUCGUCCGACGCUUCGGACAAAGCGCGGAACAACUCCUUCGCCCGGACACGGAGACCGAACACCGUUUCACAGGGCACUUUUGUGUUGGGAUUCAGGGGACGAGAAGGAGGUGACCAUGAUGGAUGUUCUUGAAGCGAUCGAGAAAAUGUACCUACCGACGUGCUGAACGUCCAGACGGUGCAACCAGAUCCCA